AAGAGCACAAAACAACAAUGCGAAUAGGAAAGCAAGCUGGGAAUUCGAACAAAUAAACAGUGAACUCUGAACUCGGUUACUGGUAACGUAACAGGAAGGCCAACGCAUUAAAAUAAUAACGAGCUUCAAUCCAUAAAAUACACGUGAACUUGCAACGAGACAAAUGAUUGCAGCGAAAACGUCAAAUAUCUACACGAGCAGAAUUUGUGAAAAUUUUCGCAUUCGUGUGAUUUGAAACAUUUUACUGAACGAUAAUUUUUAACGAGUUUAUAUAGCUGUGCUUGACACGGAGCUUACGAGAAUACAUACAUUCAUAUGCAAAUUUCAUAGAUACAAAUAAAUAAAUGGAAACCUCGGAGAUUUUCCGCUGACUUGCCGCACUCAAGUUAAAAUCGAUUUGUCAGUGCAGUGACUAAAGCAUUCGUAGUUUGGAGCGUGGCAUUUUGCGGUCGUUGGUGGGCCACCAUCCAUGUGUAAAUGUAUGCGUAUGUGAAGUGGCAUUAAUUGAACCCGGUACUCAAGAUUCAUUGCUAUAAUUAAUUAGUAAUUUAUUUGCGCCACAAUGGAUUUCUAUACGAAAGCCGAACAUCGCAGUGACAAAGAAGGUGUGCGCAAAAUGGACACACAACUGGUGUGGGCACGCGAUCCCGUCGAAGGCUAUAUACAGUGUCGCAUUUCGGAAAUCGGUGCUAAAGAGUUCGAAGUAACGCCAAUUGAUCGGAAAUAUGCGAAACGCUCUUGCCAUGUCGAUGACAUAUUUUCGUCGUGUGAUGGAGUGCAAGACCAUGAUGAUAAUUGUGAGCUGAUGCUGCUGAAUGAAGCCACUUUUUUGGAUAAUUUGAAAACGCGUUACUAUAAAGAUAAAAUCUAUACUUAUGUGGCCAAUAUACUCAUUGCUGUGAAUCCGUAUCGUGAAAUCAGUGAUCUCUACUCUUCAACUACAAUUAAAAAGUAUACCGGACGUUCCUUGGGUGAAUUGCCACCACAUGUGUUUGCUAUAGCUGAUAAGGCUAUACGUGAUAUGCGCGUACUCAAAUCGUCACAAUCGAUUAUCGUAUCGGGCGAAUCGGGUGCAGGCAAAACAGAAUCUACCAAGUAUCUGCUGAAGUAUUUGUGUCAUUCCAGCGACAGUGCCGGGCCCAUUGAGCAAAAAAUUUUAGAUGCCAAUCCCGUAUUGGAAGCUUUUGGUAAUGCCAAAACUACACGUAAUAACAAUUCCUCUCGCUUCGGUAAAUUCAUUGAAGUGCAUUAUGACGCCAAAUGCCAAGUGGUUGGCGGCUAUAUUUCUCAUUACCUACUGGAAAAGAGUCGUAUUUGUACGCAAAGUUCGGAGGAACGCAACUAUCAUGUAUUCUAUAUGUUGCUGGCAGGUGCACCCCAACAGCUGCGUGAUAAGUUGAAUUUGGGAAAGCCAGAUGAUUAUCGGUAUCUCUCUGGCUGCACACAGUAUUUUGCCAACGCAAAAACUGAGCAACUCAUACCGGCUGCUCAAAAAUCCAAGAGUCAUGUAAAGAGAGGUCCACUCAAGGAUCCCAUAAUCGAUGAUUAUAAUCAUUUCCAAAAUCUUGAUCGCGCACUGGGUCGUUUGGGUUUGACCGAAGUGAAUAAACUAGAAAUUUACUCCUUGGUGGCUGCCGUUUUGCAUUUGGGUAAUAUUUCAUUUGAAGAGAUUCCAGAUGACGCACGGGGUGGAUGUCAGGUGUCAGAGACUUCUGAGAAGUCCCUAACUAUCACAUCGAAACUGUUGGGUGUAGAUCCCUCUGAGCUCAGACAGGCGCUCGUAUCGCGUGUAAUGCAAAGCAAAGGUGGCGGUUUCAAGGGAACAGUAAUCAUGGUGCCCCUAAAAAUUUACGAAGCCAGCAAUGCGCGUGAUGCACUCGCCAAAGCUAUUUACAGCCGACUGUUUGAUCGUAUUGUGGCGUUGAUUAAUCAAAGUAUUCCCUUCCAAGUCUCAAAUUUCUAUAUCGGAGUCUUGGAUAUCGCCGGUUUCGAGUACUUUACUGUGAACUCAUUUGAGCAAUUCUGUAUUAAUUACUGCAAUGAGAAAUUGCAAAAAUUUUUCAAUGACAACAUUCUCAAGAACGAGCAAGAGCUGUACAAGAGUGAGGGGUUAAAUGUGCCGGAAAUCACAUUCACCGAUAAUCAGGAUAUUAUCGAUUUAAUUGAAGCGAAAGCCAACGGCAUUUAUACGUUAUUAGAUGAGGAGUCGAAGUUGCCGAAGCCAUCGGCACAACACUUCACGGCUGAGGUACACAAGGCGUGGUCAAAUCAUUUCCGCUUGGGCUUGCCACGUUCAUCGCGUUUGAAGGCGCAUCGUACACUAAGGGAUGAGGAUGGUUUCCUUGUGCGUCACUUUGCCGGCGCUGUCUGCUACAAUACGGAGCAAUUUAUUGAGAAAAACAACGAUGCCUUGCAUGCGUCCUUGGAGGGUUUGGUGCAGGAAUGUGAGAAUCCGCUGCUAAAAACACUUUUUCCUUCUGGCAGUAACACAUCAUUACGCGGCAAAUUGAAUUUCAUUUCUGUGGGCUCAAAAUUCAAAAGUCAACUUGCCGAGUUGAUGGACAAAUUAGAAAAGAAUGGCACUAAUUUUAUACGCUGCAUCAAACCAAACAGCAAAAUGAUCGAUCGGGAUUUCGAAGGUGGCCUAGCACUAGCACAGCUUAAGUGCUCUGGCACUAUUUCCGUGUUGGAGCUUAUGGAGCAUGGCUAUCCAUCACGUGUACCAUUUGCUGAUCUUUACAAUAUGUAUAAAUCGGUUUUGCCACCCGAACUGGCUAAACUACCGCCACGCACAUUCUGCGAAGCUAUGUUGCAAUCGCUCAAUCUAAGCUCAAAAGAUUUCAAAUUUGGCGUCAAAAAAGUUUUCUUCCGCCCUGGAAAGUUCGUUGAAUUCGAUCGCAUUAUGAAAUCGGAUCCCGAAAAUCUUUUGGCCAUUGUCGCCAAGGUGAAGAAGUGGUUAAUACGUUCACGCUGGGUCAAAUCUACACUGGGUGCGGUGUGUGUAAUCAAAUUACGCAAUCGUAUCAAGUAUCGCAACAAUUGUGUUUUACUCAUACAACGCACUGUGCGUGGUUAUUUGGCGCGCAAACAGCAUCGCCCACGAUACCAAGGUAUUGCAAAGAUCAACAAAGUACGUUUGAAUGCCCAGAAAACCAUCGAAAUUGCUGGCGGACUGAAGAAUGGACGCGAUGAGUUUGUUAGUGAAGUAAAUGGUAUACAUCGUCAGGUGGAUGAAGCCAUAAAAACAAUAAAGACAAAUGAAAAAAUCACUUCCCGAGAAAUCGAUGGACUUUACACUAGCGUUAUGGCCAAUAUGAACAAGCUCACUGUGGAUUUGAACACUAAGUUGAAGGAACAAAAGCAAGCUGAGGAACAAGAGCGUCUGCGUAAAAUACAGGAAGCGCUCGAGGCUGAACGGCGCGCCAAGGAGGAUGAAGAACGAAAGAAACUUGAAGAGGAAGAAAACAAACGACUCAAAGCUGAAAUGGAAUCACGCCGAAAAGUCGAAGAGGUCCAACGUGUAAAACAAGAGGAGGAGGAUCGCAAGGCGGCAUUAGCGUUGCAAGCACAGCUGGAGAAGGAAGCACAAGAUGAUGCCAAAUAUAGGCAACAAUUGGAACAGGAGCGCCGUGACCAUGAAUUAGCAUUACGUUUGGCCAACGAAACAAAUGGCGUAGUUGAGGAGAGUCCACCAGUUAUACGCAAUGGUCAAAAUGAUGUUUCUCCCAUGGCUCCGAACAAACUUAUCAGAUCUGAGAACGUCCGCGCUCAGCAACAGGCCUUGGGUAAACAGAAAUACGAUUUGUCUAAAUGGAAAUACUCGGAAUUACGUGAUGCAAUUAACACUUCCUGUGAUAUUGAGUUGCUUGAGGCUUGCCGUCAGGAGUUUCACCGUCGCUUGAAGGUCUAUCAUGCAUGGAAAGCAAAGAACCGCAAACGCACUACCAUGGAGGAGAACGAACGAGCACCCAAAAGCGUAAUGGAAGCAGCUUAUAAGGCACCACCGCUCGCACAUCCGAAACAGGAAAUCACAACUGCUCAACAUCGUUACUUCCGUAUCCCAUUCAUGCGGGCUAAUGCUCCUGAAAAUAGUGAGUAUAAAGGAUUUAAAAGUUUUUAUAUACAUAUGUUUUCAAACUACUCUUUUUAUUCCCGUUCAGCCAAACGUGGUCUCUGGUAUGCACACUUUGAUGGGCAAUGGAUAGCGAGACAAAUGGAAUUGCAUGCCGACAAACCACCGAUAUUGUUAGUGGCAGGCGUCGAUGACAUGCAGAUGUGCGAACUCAGCCUGGAGGAGACCGGUCUGACACGCAAACGUGGCGCUGAGAUUUUAGAGCAUGAAUUUAAUCGUGAAUGGGAACGUAACGGGGGCAAACCAUAUAAAAAUUUAGGUGCUAAUAACUAAAAAGGAAAACCAUCGAGCUUCCCAAACGCUCUUCUUCUCAUCUGGCACUGAAGUGAGGCAAAUGGGGGAAAUGCAAACUAAAUAAGUAAUUGACAUAAAAUUCAGCUGUUCAGUUGAAAUCGCAAAUAAAUCAAAAGUAGUUAAAUAAAUGAUUACUAAAAUUGUAAGUGUAUGUAUUUUUGCAAACCACUUUUUGAUAUCCAAACAAAUUAAGAACCGUCGGUCAAUGUGCUUUCAAUGUAUCAACAAGAGCAAGGGAAAUAAAUUUAGCAGUAAUAAUAGCGUUAGAUUUGGCAAAUUGCUACUCUAUGUUUGGCUGCCUGAUAUAUACAUAACUGAAAAUAAAUUAAUAUAAGUUGCGUAAUUUCAAUUGUUGCACACUUUGAAGUAAAAGAAAUGUAUUUAAUUAAAUUGAAGUAUUAACGAACCAUUUGCUAGAGUUUAUAAAGUUAUAUUAACAUUAGUUGCUAUAAAUGAAAAUGUAAAACGUUGCAAAUUUUAAAUUAGGGAAGACCAAAUUUUAUAAAAUCAACAGAAAAAGUAUGUAGCUUCACUAUUUUCAUUGUUGCUUAGAUAUCUUAUAUAAUUACAUAAAUUGCGAAUUUUAAAACCAGCUUUUGAACAAUAUAGAAAAAUGUCAAAAAUCUCGUUCGCACGCAAAAAGUUGAAAAAGUUACGUAGAAACGUUAUUGUUUGAUGUGAGCACAGAGCUCUAUAAUUACAUAUUGCAAACGAAACAUUUCAACAUUUUCUCAGAAAUAUUAUACGCCUCCUAUACAACAGUACAUUACACAUACAUACAUGUACUUUAAAUUACUACUCAAAUCCAAUCUACAAUUAAAAAUUAUUCAAUACCUGUGUCUUCUUUCUCAACACCACAAGCACACUAUGCGGGUGUAUGGAGGUACAGUAGUAAUGUACAACUCUAGAGAGUAAUUAAAUGAAUGUGUCUUUUAUGUGUACGUCAUGAACAUAUGCCUGUAUGUAUUUUAUUAAAAAGCUCUAAAUCGUUUUGGCAUACAAAUAUGGAAUAGUAAUUCUUAUGGACUCUUAGUUUACUUUACUGAUAACAGUAUAAAAAAGCAGCUAUGUUUUGUUAUAACUAGCAAAAGAUAGGGCGAAUAACUUACGUAUUAAGAAUGUCUAUUUAUAAUUUUAUGUAUACAAAACCACAGCUAACAUGAAUACUAUGGAAAAUAAAUACUUUAUACUUGAAAUUAUUAUA